UCGAGUCAGUCUCAGUCUCAUAUUUCCCCUCACCGGCUCGUCCUCGCUUGCAGUUUGUGUCCUGCAGCUUUCGAGAGUAUACCGCCGUAGAUUCGCGCUCGACAACCAUGGCAGUCGAACUCCAGACUCCGGAUAAGUUGGAAUACAACUUCUACCCAGUUACUUCUGGUUCAACACAGUUCAAGGUGAAAACUCCAAAUGACGCACACAUUGCCUUGACAACAGGACCAGCAGAAAGUGAUCCUAUGUAUGAGAUCUUCAUUGGAGGAUGGGGAAACACCAAGUCAAUCAUUCGUAAGAACAGGCAAAAGCCGGAUAAGGUAGAAGUUGAAACACCAGGAAUUCUCAGUGGUGACGAAUUCAGAGGCUUUUGGAUUCGUUGGUCAGCUGGAUCAAUUGCUUGUGGAAAGGAAGGUGAAGCCCACCCAUUUAUGUCAUGGGAUGAUCCAGAACCUUUUGGUAUUGGUUACUAUGGAGUUUGUACGGGAUGGGGUGCAAGUGGUUCAUGGCUUCUAGAAGAUGGCUCGAAGGUAGAUACACCUGACCGCCUGGAGUACAGAUUCUUGGCGGUUUGUAAGGGUGCAUUGGAGAUAGAAGUUAAAGCUCCUUCAAAUGCCCAUGUUGCACUCACCACUGGACCUCGUGAGGCAGAUCCAAUGUAUGAAUUAAUUCUGGGAGGCUGGAACAACAAAGAAUCUGCUAUCCGUCUCAACCGCACUAAGCCAGAUAAGGUUCAUCUAGAGACUCCUGGACUGCUGCAUGGUGGUGAAUUUCGCCGGCUGACUAUACAGUGGGACAAAGGUGUAAUCCAGGCUAAGAAGGACGGCAUCGUGCUGAUAGAAUGGCGUGAUCCAGCGCCAUUUGGUAUCUCGCACUAUGGUGUGCGAACAGCUUGGGGGGCAACUGGUCACUGGAAAGUGCGCAACUCAAUUCCAGGGUCAACGGGACCCCAGCAUAUAGUUGCACCUCGUGCAGCUCCUCAACCUGGCUGGAGUCUUCCAUCUGCUCCAAGUGGUGGUGCUGCAACUUGGGUACCUGCUAGGGCAGGUGAAGUGCCACCAGGGGCUGUUCCCGGUGGAUAUGACAAUGAGCAGUUGUACGUUGGUCGUGCUCGUCAUGAGGGUGCAUUGAUUCCUGGGAAAGUACAUCCAUCUCAUGGAGUCUGCUACGUUGCCUGGGGAGGUCAAGAACAUGGCAAAGAGGAAUAUGAAGUACUGUGUGGGUGUGAAGCUGCGUGGGUGCCAGCUGCCCAGGGCCAAGUUCCUGAGGGUGCCUUGCCUUCUGGAGAAACUGAAGAUGGUGAGCCACUCUUUACAGGGAGAGCACAACAUGAAGGAGCUAUGUGUGUUGGAAAGGUCCAAGGAAGUCAUACAGUCUGUUACAUUCCGUAUGGAGGUCAGGAGAUAGCAUACCCAGAAUAUGAAGUUCUCGUUGCCAAGUGAAAGACUUCCUUUUGACAGCAUCUUUAUAGUGCCACAGUUGUGCCUUUUGCCAUAGGCUGCAUUUAAAAUGUUAAAUGGAAUACUAUAAUGCUUAACAUGUGUAUUGACAUAAAUCUGUGCCUCUGGUGCUUCUACAGCACACUGCAGAUAUUAUUAUUUAAAUUAUGACUGGUUAAAAUGUAUGCUAAAUAAAGGCAUUAUGCUGUCAAGAUUGAUUGAAAUUAAUUAUAAA